AUGCCCUCCAGCCAGGUGGUGCUGCCAGGUGGGGCGGGCACCUCCUGCAAGCCCUGUAGCUCCCAUGCCCCUUCUCAUGGCGUGGGCACCUUGGGUGAUGCACCGUCUCUUCUGCUGGUAGAGAGGCCCCUGCUUGGGUCCCCCAAGCUCUUCCCACCCACCGCCAUAUACAAUUUCCACAUGAGAGCAGGAAUUGAGUAUGGUGAAAUCCUGCCAGAUUCCUUCCCAUCUGCCCCUGCUGAGCCCCUGCCCCACUUCCUGCAGGAGCCCCAAGAUGCCUACAUCGUGAAGAACAAGCCUGUGGAACUACUGUGCCGAGCCAACCCGGCCACCCAAAUCUACUUCAAGUGCAAUGGCGAGUGGGUCAACCAGAACGACCACCUCACCAAGGAGAGCCUGGAUGAAGUCACUGGUCUGUUGGUGCGGGAGGUACAAAUCGAGGUGUCCCGGCAGCAGGUGGAGGAGUUGUUCGGGCUGGAAGAUUACUGGUGCCAGUGUGUGGCUUGGAGCUCGGCCGGCACCACCAAGAGCCGCCGAGCCUACGUCCGUAUCGCUUACCUACGGAAGAACUUUGACCAGGAGCCUCUGGGGAAGGAGGUGCCCCUGGAGCACGAGGUUCUCUUGCAGUGCCGUCCCCCUGAGGGGGUCCCCAUCGCAGAGGUUCUAAAGUUGUUACCUUCAGAAGGGACCCAGACAGUAUUGAGCCCCAUGGUGACCUGUGGGCCCACGGGGCUGCUCCUUUGCCGCCCGGUCAUCCUCACAGUCCCCCACUGUGCUGAGGUCAGCUCCAGUGACUGGAUCUUCCAGCUGAAGACUCAGUCUCACCAAGGAAAUUGGGAGGAGGUUGUGACUCUAGAUGAAGAGACCCUAAAUACCCCUUGCUACUGCCAGCUAGAAGCCAAGUCCUGCCACAUCCUUCUGGACCAGUUGGGCACCUACGUGUUCAUGGGGGAGUCCUACUCCCGCUCGGCCAUCAAACGUCUCCAGCUGGCCAUCUUUGCCCCUGCACUCUGCACCUCUCUGGAGUAUAGCCUUAGGGUUUACUGCCUGGAAGACACACCUGAUGCACUCAAGGAGGUGCUGGAGCUGGAGAAGACCCUAGGUGGGUACCUGCUGGAAGAGCCCAAGCCCUUGCUCUUUAAGGACAGCUACCACAACCUUCGCCUUUCCAUCCACGAUAUCCCUCAUGCCCUGUGGAGAAGCAAGCUGCUGGCCAAGUACCAGGAGAUUCCGUUCUAUCACAUCUGGAGUGGCAGCCAGAAGGCCCUGCAUUGUACUUUCACCUUGGAAAGAUACAGCCUGGCCUCCACAGAACUCACCUGCAAGAUCUGUGUGCGGCAAGUGGAAGGGGAGGGCCAGAUAUUUCAGCUACAUACAACACUGGCAGAGACAGCCGCUGGGUCCCUAGACAACUUCUGCUCUGCACCUAGUAGUUCAGUGACCACACAGCUGGGGCCCUAUGCCUUCAAGAUCCCAUUGUCCAUCCGGCAGAAGAUCUGCAAUAGCCUCGAUGCUCCCAAUUCCCGGGGAAAUGAUUGGAGGCUGUUGGCCCAGAAAUUAUCUAUGGAUCGGUACCUGAACUAUUUUGCCACCAAAGCAAGCCCCACAGGGGUGAUCCUGGAUCUGUGGGAAUCCCUGCACCAGGACGACGGUGACCUCAACACCCUGGCCAGUGCCUUGGAAGAAAUGGGCAAGAGUGAGAUGCUGGUGGUCAUGGCCACGGAUGGUGACUGCUGAUGCCACCCUGGCUGCCACUUCAUGAACACAGGAAGGGUAGAACUGUAGGAAGCAGGACAGAAUGAGAGCACAGGGCAAAAAAUAAGGGGUGAGUUUGGGGAUGGGGAGAUGUCCCUGCCCAUCUCACCCCAUGACUGCAGACAGGGGUCUCCCCAUUCUCUUCCUCUUCCUCCUCCCUCUCUCACUUACCAUAACCAGCCUUAGAAAAUCUACACACUCCAUUGUCAAGAGAGCCUAGAAUCCCCCAUCCCCAGGUUCUAUCUCUUCCUGCUCCAACCCUCCUGCCACAGGGAGCUUGGGACCAAGGGCUCUGCUAUGACAAAAGUUUCAGUCAAAGGGGGAGGUGACCCCUCCACCACCACCCCACAAACACAUGUAUGCACAGCAGCUCCCAGGCCCUCAGAGACCAGGGCUUCUAUAAGGCUUCUGGGUUGGGUUUUCUUUUUGUUUCUUUUCAAUGAUGGGUUUCUCUCUCCUCCCAAUGCCCCACCCUUCUCUCCUCCCUUAACACCAUUUUAUGCUUUGAAGAAGUCCAGUAGGACCUUGACAAACUGCUUUCUUCUGUCGAAAAAAGAGAGAGAAAGAGAGAACUUUAGAUAGAUGACUAUUAGAAGGUCAAAGAAGAAAACCACAAAAGCCACAAAAGAAGGAAAAAAAGAGGGGAAAAAACCCAGUUUCUUAGGAAACGCAAAAUGAUUUAUUAUCCAGAUAUUUGGAUGAGUCCUUUUUAAGAAAAAAAAAGAAAGAAAACUAAAAACAAAAAAAUUUUCAAACUGUUUUCUUGAGUGGAUGAAUGUGUGAAUUUUGGGGUAUGGAAAUGAGUCAGAGUAGAGCAUAGAAAUGAAGGAG